AUAUGACCACCACUGUAACCACAUCCCAAAAUAAACAGAAAAAAACUUGAUCAAAACAAACAUAAAAAGCUUGAAAAGCAAACCAAGCCUUAGCACACAGAGCCACGGCAUGAUGAAAACACUGUUCUCAGCAAUCAUAUCUCCACAAUUUUCAAGUUUAAAUAACUAAGUUAGUAUUUGUAAAUCUACCAUCACAUCUUUUCCAGAGACUGUGUGAUGUGGUGGAAGGAGAUGGCUGGGUGAAUCAGAAGAGAAGCAGAGAUGGCAGCUGAAGGACUGCAAUCCUCCAGGGGGGAGGAUGGACCUCAUCUUCCAGACUUGAGGAUUGUGUUGCUGGGGAACAAAGAAUCUGGAAAGAGUUUAGCAGGAAAUGCCAUCUUGGGCAGAGAAGAGUUUGACCCUGAUGUCACAACACUGCAGUGUGUGAAGAGACAGGGAGAAGUAGCAGGAAGACAGUUCACUGUGGUGGACACUCCAGGAUGGACCAACUACCAUCCUUCAAUUAUGAAGUCAGCAAACCUUCUGAAGCAGGAGAUUGUUCUCAGUGUAACUCUUUGUCCUCCAGGACCUCAUGCUGUUCUGCUGGUCAUCCAUGAGGACAUGACAUUCACAGAGGCAGAGAAAGAUACCAUGUCAAAUCACCUGAGUCUUCUGGGACAUAGAGCCUGGGAACACUCUCUAGUUCUUUUCAUUCAGGAGACUCCCACAGGAGAGAAAGCCUUUGAGAUUAAAGGGAGAAUGAUCCAGAAGCUGGUAGAACACUGCAGUAACAGGUAUCAUGUCCUCAACAUCAAGAACAAGGAUGACCUUCAAGUCAGUGAGCUACUGGAGAAGAUUGAGAAUUUGAUGGAUACAAACAGCAAUUGUCAUUACGAAAUCAAAAGAGAAAUAACGGACACAGUAGAAAGGAAGAGAAAAGAGAUUACAGAGAAAGCAAUGCAAGCAACCUCUUAUCAACCAGCAACAGACACAUCAUCACACCUAUCAGACAUCAGAAUUGUUUUACUGGGGUUUGAUACUGCUGGCAAGAGCUCAUCAGGAAACACCAUCCUGGGCAGAGAGGAGUUCCAGCCAGGACGGAGAUCUGCUGUCUGUGUAAAGAGACAGGGAGAAGUGGCAGGCAGACAUGUAACUGUAGUAGACACUCCUGGAUGGUGGAGCCAUUAUUGUGUGAAAUCUAGUCCUGAAAUGACCAAAAGAGCCAUUCAGCUCAGUCCAGGACUAUGUGGCCAAAGCCCUCAUGUGUUCUUAUUGGUAAUAAGAAUAGAUAUGUCCUUUACUGAAGAUCAGAGAUCAUCAGCUCAGCAACACCUGGAGCUUCUUGGUGCAGACGUUUGGAGUCACACCAUGGUGCUGUUUACCCAUGGAGACUGGCUGGGAGACACACCCAUUGAGGAAUACAUCGAGAGUGAAGGAGUAGCCCUGAAAUGGCUCAUAGAGGGCUGUGGGAACAGAUACCAUCUCUUCAAAAACCACAACAUCACUGAUGGCAGGCAGGUGACAGAGCUGUUGGAGAAGAUUGAAGACAUGGUGGCGAAAAAUGGGAGUCACCAUUUUAAAGUAAACAGACAAGAGCUGUUGAACUUAGAACAGAAAAUGAGGAUCGAUGAAAUCAGAGCAGAGGAGAGGAUGACCAAGAUGAAGAAACAACAUGACUUAAGGCCGCCUCAAGGGCAAGUACAUCAGUCAUCACUUAGGAUACUUCUUCUGGGCUUCAAGAACACUGGGAAGUCUUCAACAGGAAACACCAUCCUGGGAAAGGAUGUGUUUGAGUUGUGCUCCAUGUCAAAGUGUGAGAUGAGACAGGGAGAGGUAGCAGGGAGGCAGGUUACCGUGGUUACCACUCCAAGCUGGUGGUCAAAACAGAACAUGGCCUAUGUUCCUACAUUCUUCAAACAGGAAACAAUACUGAGUGUUUCUUUGAGUGAUCCAGGACCACAUGCAGUCUUACUGCUCAUAUCUGUAGAUGAUGAGUUCCAACAUCAGCACAGUCAAAAUGUACAGAAUUAUCUGACACUCUUUAGUGAGGAUGUCUGGAGUCACACCAUAAUUCUCUUCACUUGUGGGGAUUGGCUGGGAGACACAACCAUUGAGAAAUACAUUGAAAGUGAGGGAGAUGAUCUGAAAUGGCUCAUUGAGAAAGGUGGAGGCAGAUAUCAUGUCUUCAACAAUGAAAACGAGAUGGGGGGCACGCAGGUAACAGAGCUGAUAGAGAAGAUAGAAGAGAUGGUGGCAGAGAAUGGGGGCAGUCACUAUGAGAUGGACAGGAAGAGACUGGAGGAAGUGAUGAAGAAGAGAGAGGAAGAUGAAGAGAGAGCCACUGCAAGACUGAAGAAGGUGGAGGAGCAAAGGCAGCACUUGCAGCCUCUGAUCAAAUACAUAGAGAACAUUAUGGAACAUGUUGAUCACCUAAAUGGGGGAGCGUUGAGUCACACCAUGGUGCUGUUUACAAAUGGAGACCUGCUGGGAGACACACCCAUUGANCUGUACAUAGAGAGUGAAGGGGCCCUGCAACUUCUAGUAGAGAUAUGUGGAAACAGAUAUCAUGCCCUCAACAAUAUGGGCAAAGGUGACAGUCAACAAGUCCCAAAGCUUCUGGAGAAGAUGGAGGAGAUGGUCAGUGGAAACAGGGGGUGUCACUUUGAGAUGGACAGGAAGAGACUGGAGGAAGUGAUGAAGAGGAGAGAGGAAGAUGGCCACUGCAAGACUGAAGAAGGACAACUACCGCCUCAACUACAGUUCAGAAUUGUGCUGCUGGGAAACCGACAGUCUGGAAAAAGUUCAUCAGGAAACACCAUCCUGGGCAGAGAAGAGUUUGACCUGAACAGAAGAACAGCUCAGUGUGUGAAGAGACAGGGAGAGGUAGCAGGCAGACAGCUCACUGUAGUGGAGGCACCUGGAUGGUGGAAGAAUUAUAACCUCAAAGGCACAACUGAGCUCACUAAACAGGAGAUUGUGCUCAGCGCGUCUCUGUGUCCACCAGGACCCCACAUCUUCCUACUGCAUGUAGAUGUAACUGUUGAUGUUACACCAGAAUACAUAGAGAACAUGAUAGAACAAGUUAAUCAUUUAAGUGAGGGAGUGUGGAGUUACACCAUGGUGCUGUUUACCAAUGGAGGCUGGCUGGGAGACACAUCCAUUGAGCUGCACAUAGAGAGUGAAGGGGCCCUGCAGUCUCUAGUGGAGAAAUGUGGGAACAGAUAUCAUGUCCUCAACAACAUGGACAAAGGUGACAAAACACAGAUCACAGAGCUGCUGGAGAAGAUGGAGGAGAAUAUCUGUGGAAACGGGGGCCGUCACUAUGAGAUGGACAGGAAGAGACUGGAGGAAGUGAUGAAGAGGAGAGAGGAAGAUGAGGAGCGAGCCACUGCAAGACAGAAGAAGGUGGAGGAGCAAAGGGAGCAUUUACAGUCACUGAAGGGUGAGUUCUUCCAUUUCCAUUUUCAAUUUUAA